ACGGGCCAAGGGGGGGGGGCUCUCAAGCGACGGGGGGAGGGGGUGACGAGCCCCGGCUCAGCACCUCGGAGAGCUCCCUCCCCGGCCUUGUUUUGCUCUGGAGUCACCGCCGGGGGAGGGAGCGAGGGGGCCGGGCCGCUAAGCGCGAAGGCAGGGGGAUGGCCGCGGAGGGGUCUAGGGGCCCCGGCGGGCAGAAGGCCCAGCCGUAAGCCGGUAGAGAGGCCGGACGCCGGGUGGGGUGCGGUGGGGGGGGCGGCAGGCGGUGGUAGCAGUGGCCGCACAUCUGGAUGGAAGCGAGCUUUGUCCAGACCACCAUGGCUCUGGGGCUGUCCUCCAAGAAAGCAUCUUCCCGCAACGUGGCCGUGGAGCGCAGAAAUCUGAUCACCGUGUGCAGGUUCUCUGUGAAAACGCUCCUGGAGAAGUACACAGCCGAGCCCAUCGAUGACUCAUCUGAAGAGUUUGUGAAUUUUGCAGCCAUCUUAGAGCAGAUUCUCAGCCACCGUUUCAAAGCCUGUGCCCCAGCAGGUCCGGUGAGCUGGUUCAGCUCAGACGGGCAGCGGGGCUUCUGGGACUACAUCCGGCUGGCCUGCAGCAAAGUUCCCAACAACUGCGUGAGCAGCAUCGAGAACAUGGAGAACAUCAGCACAGCCCGAGCCAAGGGCCGGGCCUGGAUCAGGGUGGCACUAAUGGAAAAGCGCAUGUCAGAAUACAUCACCACGGCGCUGCGGGACACCAGGACCACCAGACGGUUUUAUGACUACGGUGCCAUCAUGCUGCGCGAGGAAGCCACAGUCCUUACCGGGAUGCUGAUAGGCCUGAGCGCCAUAGACUUCAGCUUCUGCCUAAAGGGUGAAGUGCUGGAUGGGAAGACCCCCGUGGUCAUCGACUACACACCCUACCUGAAGUUCACCCAGAGCUACGACUACCUGACGGACGAGGAGGAGCGGCACAGCGCGGAGAGCAGUACCAGUGAAGACAACUCGCCAGAGCAUCCGUACCUGCCGCUCGUCACCGACGAGGACAGCUGGUACAGCAAAUGGCACAAGAUGGAACAAAAGUUUCGAAUCGUUUACGCACAAAAGGGUUACUUGGAGGAGCUGGUGCGCCUGCGCGAGUCACAACUGAAGGACCUGGAGGCGGAGAACCGGCGGCUGCAGCUGCAGCUGGAGGAGGCGGCAGCGCAGAACCAGCGUGAGAAGCGGGAGCUGGAGGGCGUAAUCCUGGAGCUUCAAGAGCAGCUGACGGGUCUGAUCCCCAGUGACCACGCCCCCCUGACCCAAAGCUCUAAGGAGCUUACCACACCCUUGGUCAACCAAUGGCCAUCACUGGGAACACUCAAUGGGGCUGAGGGUGCCAAUAACCCUAAGCUCUAUAGAAGGCACAGCUUCAUGAGCACGGAGCCACUGUCAGCUGAGGCCAGUCUGAGCUCAGACUCCCAGCGCCUGGGAGAUGGCAAGCGAGAUGAGGAGCCCUGGGGUCCCAUCGGGAAGGACCCCACGCCCUCCAUGCUGGGCCUCUGCGGCUCCCUGGCCUCCAUCCCCAGCUGCAAGUCCCUGGCGAGCUUCAAAUCCAACGAGUGCCUGGUGAGCGACAGUCCCGAGGGCAGCCCGGCCCUGAGCCCCAGCUGAGGAGCAGCUUGG